UAUCAACCACGGAUGGUGUAUUGAGUAGUUUGUUGUAAUUGUAAUCAAAUUGGAGGUGGACGAGGGUUUAGAGAGCGAACGGCGAGAAUCGAGAAAGUUCAAAAAUGGCUUCGUCGAAGAGUGGUAGCGGAGCGAUGACUCUAGAGAGGAUGAGCGUUGAACAGUUGAAAGCAGUUAAGGAACAAGCAGAUAUGGAAGUUAACCUUCUUCAAGACAGUCUCAACAAUAUCGGCACCGCAACCACUCGUCUUGAACUCGCUACCACCGCUCUCAACGAUCUCUCUCUCCGUUCCCUCGGUAGUAAAAUCCUUGUUCCUCUCACCGCUUCCCUCUACGUUCCUGCUACUCUUCAAGAUCCUCAUCACGUUCUCGUCGAUAUCGGAACUGGUUAUUUCGUCGAGAAAACCAUGCCUGAAGGAAAGGAUUACUGCGAGCGCAAAAUCAAUUUACUCAAAUCUAACUUUGAUCAACUUGUUGAGGAAACGAGCUUAAUCAUUUUGGCUAAACUAUAAUGAAAUCUUGUUCAAGAAAAGUUCAUGAUGUAAUUACAAAUGCAGGUUGCGUCCAAAAAGAAAAAUGUCGCGGAUGAAGCUGGGGUUAUUUUACAGGCAAAAUUGAAGCAAUUAGCAUCGUCAUCCUAAAGUUAGCUGGUUUAGAAUUCAAUUACUUUUUAACAACGCGUUGUAUGUGUACCAUAGAAAAUCAUAACAGUGGUGUUAGAGUUGGUUAUGAUAUAUGUUGUUGAAACCUUUUAUUGAAAGAAUUCCCUUUUUUGUUGUGAUGGUUCAGAACAUUAGUUUGAAACUAUUGGAACUGUAUUUAGAAAAUCUAGUUGACCAAUGGCAUUCAAGAUUUAAAAGGUUACUGUGGAAAUAAGCAUUGGUCUUUCAAUCACACAAGUCAUUAAUCAGA